AUGCCCAUUUUGGACCACCAUGAUAAUAAUCAACCUCCUCCCUCUCUUCCCCACCACCGUCUCCUCCUCCCUGCCGCCGAUGAUCUCGCCGCUGCCGUCCCCGCCUUCUCUUCUACUGCUCUCCAUCGCAAGAAACGGAUGCCCAGAAACCGCCGCCGCUCUUCUUCUAAUCUUCCUUUCUUUCCUCCUUCUUCCUCUUCCACUCCUCCUCCUCGGGUAAUUGAUCCAAUGAAGCUGAAGUUUCUUUUCCAGAAGGAGCUUAAGAACAGUGAUGUUAGCUCUCUGAGGAGAAUGAUACUCCCAAAGAAAGCAGCUGAAACUCACCUUCCAGUAUUGGAGUCUAAAGAAGGAAUGAUAAUCACCAUGGAUGACUUGGAUGGGGUGCAUGUUUGGAACUUUAAAUACAGGUUUUGGCCAAAUAACAAUAGUAGAAUGUAUGUACUUGAAAAUACUGGAGACUUUGUCAAUGCCCAUGGCUUACAUCUAGGAGAUUUCAUCAUGGUUUAUCAAGAUAGUGAAGAACAUAACUAUGUGAUUCAAGCAAAAAAGGCUUCCGAGCAAGAAAUAUAUUCCGACAUAGCAACCAACGACAUUGUGAUCAACAACGACAUUAUGUUUCAAGACUAUGAUGCUAGCAAAGUGGCCAGCUCCAUAUAUGUGCCUAGUCCAAUCAUGGAAGAUCCCGUGUCGUCAUUUAUCUAUGACACUAGUUCUGCCUUCGACAACGAUUCACCUUUCGACUUUAUGAGUGGAUCAAUGACCAACUACUCGAGACUGGGAGCUCUCGAAGGCUUUGGAUCGGUCGAGAACUUGUCUCUCGACGACUUCUACUAA